AUGCUGGCCCUUCGUGACCAGGAAAACCUGGUGAAUACCCACCAGACCGUCGCCGCCAACAAGCCUUUGAACCAGGGAGUCAAGCAACUCGGUCCCAAGACUCCCGGUAGGAAGGUACGCCUCAAUGACGAGAACAACACCAUCGCCUUUGGAAAGCAGACAGUCAAGGGCAAUGGAAAUCGUUUGGAGAACAGCAAACCGGGCAAAGAUGCGUUCGUGACGCCCAUGGACACAAAGAACCGCGCACCUUUGGGAAACAAGACAACCAAUCUGAAAGCCAAAGGUCUCCAGACCCCGGCCCCGUUCGGAGGAACGUUGAAACCGGAGAGAACCAACCGGAGAGCUUCUACCCAGAAGGUCAAGAAGGCUGCACCGGUCACUCAGCAACCUCAGACAAAAGUUCAUCUGGAUGUGCCACAGGACGAUGUGGCGGAUAUUGAAUAUAUGCCCCCAAGGGCCCGAGAUCUCCCGGACUUCCCAGAUGACCUUGCCUAUGAUACAACCUACCCCCAAUUCAGACCUCGGAACCGUGCGCUAGGCCUAGAGAGUGUGUACGGACGACAAGAAGUAGGCCGCGAUGGCCUGACAAAGAAGCAGCGCAAAUUCCAGGAAGACUCUGCUAAGUGUGACAAAAUGGUCGACGAGAUGAUCAUGAAACAGCUCGAUGCUGUUAGUUUCAAUGAACGCAGCGACGAUGAGGCCGUUCAGCCUGUGGCACGAGUGCCGCUAGCGUCGACUAGCCGCUCUAGGGCACCAUCCACCAAUGUCAGACCUUCUCGCAACAUCCCUACUCUACGAUCUCGUGAAGCAGCAGCGGCCUUGUCUGCACCCAAGACCAGGUCCGCCUCAGCUAGAGUCGCUGCAGCUCCUAAGCCCAGCGGGGUAUCGUCCUUGUUGAUGCCCAAGAAGAAGGUACGGGUUCCGACUAACCCCUCGUCCAUGCGGAACACCGCAGCUGCAAUGAACUCCAAUACCACCGUUGGUUACUCCAAGGGUCGUAGUGUCUCAUCUACGCUGAGGGAGAAUGAGCUAAGCACGAACGCUCCCCUCUCCCCCGAGACCUACAUGCAGCUCUACGGACCGCCUCCUCUGGGUUCGGAGAUGUGGACUCGGUGCAAAGCUGCUGGCUGCUUCGACACCGAGGAGAAUGCUGGACAAGAGCUCCAGGAGUCUCUCCCCACAUUUGCUGAAGAUGAGGAAGCCGACAGCUUCCAGCUCACGCUGUAG